CCACCGCGUCCUUAUCAGACCGGCUUGAGCUGCGCGAGAGCACGUGGUGUUUAUGCUGACCAGAACUUUAUAAAAGGUUCCCACUCCGGCCUGCUCCCAUCGUGCUGCCAAACACUCCACGCUUCAACACAAAAAAUGUCGCAACCCAAAGAAGUCGCCGGCUACAAGCUCGGGAAGCUGAUCAUCGAGGGUAAAACGAAGCAGGUCUUCGACCUCCCUGAGGACUCUGGUCACUGCCUCCUCAUCAACAAGGACCGUAUCACAGCGGGAGAUGGAGUCAAGGCGCACGAUCUAGAGGGCAAGGCUGCCAUCUCCAACCAGACCAAUGCUAAGGUCUUCGAGAUUCUUAAGUCUGCUGGCAUAAAGACGGCUUUCGUGAAGCUCGUCUCGCCCACGGCAUUCCUGUCCAAGAAAUGCGAAAUGGUCCCCAUCGAGUGGGUGUCCCGUCGCCUAGCAACCGGCUCUUUCCUCAAGAGGAACGAGGGCGUGCCCGAAGGAUUCAGGUUCACGCCGCCGAAGCAGGAGACCUUCUUCAAGGAUGACGCGAACCACGACCCGCAGUGGUCGGAGGAGCAGAUCGUGUGCGCCAAGUUUAACAUCAAUGGACUUGUUAUUGGUCAGGAUGAGGUGGAUUACAUGAGGAAGUGCACCAUCCUGGUGUUCGAGAUCCUGGAGAAGGCGUGGGCCCUCCGCGACUGCGCUCUCAUUGACAUGAAGAUCGAGUUUGGUGUCGACAAAGAAGGCAACAUCCUUUUGGCUGAUGUGAUCGAUUCUGACUCCUGGAGGCUGUGGCCAUCGGGCGACAAGAGACUCAUGGUCGACAAACAGGUAUACAGAAACCUGACCAACGUCACCGCUGCCGACCUCGACACAGUCAAGCGCAACUUCACCUGGAUCAAGGACCAGCUCGACCACCUGAGGCCCACCAUCCACCACAAGGUCGUCGUGUUCAUGGGCUCUCCCGCUGACCAGGAGCACUGCUUGAAGAUCGCUAAAGCGGCGCGCGAGCUCGGUCUUGACGUAGACCUCCGAGUCACCUCAGCCCACAAGGCCACCGAGGAGACCCUCCGCAUCAUGCAACAGUACGAGGACACGCACGGAGCGCUGGUGUUCAUCGCCGUGGCCGGCCGCUCCAACGGACUCGGGCCCGUGCUCUCCGGCAACACUUCCUAUCCCGUCAUCAACUGCCCGCCUCCCGCUGAGCGACUACCUCAGGACAUCUGGUCUUCCCUCUCUGUGCCGUCCGGCCUCGGUUGCGCCACUGUCCUGUAUCCUGACAGCGCGGCGCUCAUGGCGGCCCAGAUCAUAGGCCUUCAGGACUACCUCGUGUGGGGCCGCCUCCGCGCCAAGCAGCUCGACAUGGCCGCCGGCCUCCGGCAGGCUGACAAGAAACUCAGGACCCUCAAGGUGUAAACAGUUCAGAUCGUAGGCCUGCAGGAUUACCUCGUGUGGGUCGCCAAGCGUUGCCUAGUCUGGCUUUAGUGUCACGCAGACGCAGGCUAGGUUGGCUAGGCUGGUUUUUGUGUCACGCGGACGGAAAACGUUCCCUGAACUUAAUACAUAUUAGUCCGGUGUGUAUCCGUCGGUCCGUUUGACACUAUCUUAUCUUAAAUCUGCGGGGGCCCUUACGGAUACACUUCGACCCAUCGGGAUCUUUUGUGCAAUUACCCCCUCCGUUUGACACUAAAACCAGCCUCAUAUGGCCGCCGGCCUCCGCCAGGCUGACCAGGAACUCAGGACCCUCAAGGUGUAAACAGUAUUGUGGCCUUUGAAUAUCACAUCAUUAAUAGACUUUAAUUUACUUUAAGUGUGUAUCCAGUUUUGUAUCUUACAUUCCGUAAUAAACUUUAUUGUUAUAUG